UUAUUGCCCCUCAUCUCUUCAUUUCUGCGCCUCUGGUUUCAUCUUCUCUACUCCAGCUUCCAAAUCUCAGGUAAGGUUUAGGUACAAGAGUAAAAAUGGUGGAGAAAACGAAAGGAAGAAAAGAAGAGGUGGUUACUAGGGAGUAUACCAUCAACCUCCACAAACGCCUCCAUGGAUGCACAUUCAAGAAGAAGGCACCCAAGGCCAUUAAGGAAAUCAGAAAAUUCGCACAGAAGACCAUGGGUACCACCGAUGUUAGAGUGGAUGUGAAGCUCAACAAGUAUGUUUGGAGCCGAGGGAUCAGAAGUGUCCCAAGGAGAGUUAGGGUUCGCAUUGCCCGCAAGAGGAACGAUGAUGAAGAUGCUAAGGAAGAACUGUACUCGCUCGUGACUGUUGCAGAGAUCCCAGCGGAAGGGCUGAAGGGGCUUGGCACAAAGAUCAUCGAUGACGAAGAAUGAUUCAUUAAAAAUCCAACCUUUUUGAAAUACCCGGCAGAGUUUAGUUUCUUAUCCUUGGUAUCUUUCUUCGGAUUCUAGUAUUUACAUUUUCCUUUAAUAUAACCUUUGAUGUUUUCAGUUUGAUGGAUUAAGAUUCUUGUUCGCCUACUGCUCUUCAAAGUAAUUUAUGUGGUUCUGAAAUUGUGCUUC